GUUCCUUCCGUAAACACUGCCAUUCUGAAAAUAGUGCGGAAGAUGAACAGUGUUAUUCCAUUGAAAUCCUGGCUAAAGUUAGUUAUUCUCAGUGGAUUUAUCAGUCGUAUGUUGAUCAAAUGUCGAACCAACACUCGGAGCAGGCCCUGUCCUGGCGGCGAUUGUACUUGAGUCGGGCUAAGCUGAAGGCUUCUAGCAGAACGUCUGCGCUUCUUGCAGGUUUUGCUAUGGUUGCAUUGGUUGAAAUCAGUCUCCCGAAAGAACUACCAGGAGCAUUGAUCAUGUGCUUCAGUGUCAUAACAAUCUUACUUAUUGUUACCCAUCUCUUUGCAUUACUUGUCAGUACAUGUAUCCUACCAAACAUUGAAGCUGUCAGCAAUGUGCACAACAUACACGCUGUCAAAGAAUCCCCUCAUGAUAGUAUGAACACAUAUAUUGAGAUGUCUUGGAUAGCAUCAACAGCCCUUGGUAUUCUUCUAUUUUUAUUGGAAAUAAUGGUUUUGAUAUGGAUUCAAUUCUAUGAAAAUUAUAAAAAGGCAGGAUGGGUAGCGACAGCUUUGCUGAUUCCAGCUCUACUUUCAGUCUGUGUGUUUGCAUAUCAUUUCUACCACAAGUUAGUCACACAUAAAUACAAAAGCUACAAUACUACUAUUGAUGAACUGGAUGACCUUGCAACUGAGUUACAGAAAAAUGGUACUGAAACACCGAUGGUCCAAGAUGUAUAGACAACAAUCAAGUGAUUAAGAUGCUAUCAUUUGUACGUUCAAAUCCUGUAAAGGCCAUUUCACAACUAAAAAUAAUUCCUUUCCUGAAGCCUCAUAAUGAGACAUUGAACAUUCCAUUUUGCUUUGUUUCAUUCAUUUAUGUGUGGCUAGCUAUAUUGGUCUCUCACUUUACAAAGUACAAUAAACUUUAUUAAGCCAUUGGCUUCAGUUUAUUAGUCUGUAAAGUGAUGGCCACUACUUCUUCCCACAGAUUGUAUCAUAUUGCUAAACAUUAUCAUAUUAACAUUGCAUAGUUUUAAUUGCACAUGAGUAUGUCAAAGGUCAAAGUAUAUUUUUUAAAAAUGGCAGUGACUAUAUUCACCAGUCUUAAACCUAUUCCUAAUUCUGAUUGGAUGUUAUUCUAGGUUUUUUGCCGUUUUUAGUAGAAACAUUGAAACUAUGAGAGGGUUUAUUACAAUCUGAAGAAAGUAUUAAUUUUAUUUUUAAGUACAAUUCUGUGAUAUUUUUUUUUAUAACAUCUGUUCAUGUGUGUUACAUGUCUGUUUGUACUGCUACAUAAUAUUUGCUAUUUACAGUGAUACAUUAUUUUUAAAAUAUAAUUUAUAAUAAAGUAUAUUAAAUUAAUAAAAACUGUAUUCAGCUUAUAAAGUUUAACAUUCCGAUAGGCUUAGUCCUCUAAAUACUGAACUAAAGAAUUUGUACAGUAUUGUGCUAACAUUUCUAAUUUAAAUUGUUCGUAACAUGCUCAUCAUUUGCCCACAGUUGCUGGCAAGUUGCUGUCGGUUGAGAUGAGUCUGGCUCAUUUUUAGAUAUUUUGUUGGUAUGGGAUAUAAUCAAUUUCGAUAUAAUUGUUUUUCUCUUAUACUUAAAAUAUUCGCUUAAUAUUAUUUAUAUUCAUUUUUUUCAUUAAUAUAAAAAUUUAUUGCACAAAAUAUGGUAAAUUUACUUUCCGAUAUUAGGUCACAACUAGUUUUCUUUAAAUUAUAAGAAACCUUAAAAAUUAGCAUAGAUGUGCGUCACCCAUGUUAUUCCAACAUGAUGUAUUUUCAGCUAUCUCUACUGUUUUAAUGGUUUAUAUCUAUUAGAAAAAAAAUAAUAGGAAUAGUCUUUUGCUCAUUAGGAUAUACUUGUAUAUUUCUACAUUACUUAUUGUUAUCAUUUAAUGUAUAGUAAUUUGAUACGUUAAUUUUUUUCAAUUUUCCACUGGACUUGAAACGCUUAUUAUCUUUACUAAAUAAUUUUAUAUUUAAUGAUGACACACAUUUGAUAACUGUACAUUUUUUGUUAUUCACAAGGUCUCUCGUGGCGAGAUUAGAUUUAAAGCUAAAUCAUUUUUAAUAUAGUUUUUUUUUACUUGUGUGGAGGAAACACAGUAAUGAUGUGGUUAAAGAAGAAAGUAAUGGUUGGGGCUAAUAGUGCAUGUAGGGCCUACCAUGGAGUUUUUUUACUCCAUUGCCUUAUUUACAUUUUAAUGUAAUUAGGCACCCAAGUAUACUGUACAUCUUUAUCAUAUUGAAGAAAUAUUUGUGUAUCUUAGCAACAAUGUCUAAUUAAAAUAACUGUAAUGCAUAGGUGUACCAACUUGUCAUAGUUCAAAGGUUAUAGUUCAGUUCAUUAGUGUUUCUGUGAUUCUGUUGUGCUUUUGUAUUUAUCCCUUAUUACAGUAUUCCUUACCAAAUUCAAAUAUGUUUAUUUCCAAAUAUUUUUAGGUGCAAUGAAAUUUAUAUAUCAUUUUGCUGCUGAGGGUGUUAUGUUGGAGCUGAAAUUAAGUAAAGCAUAAUAUAUAAUA